AUGCAAUCUGCUGAAUAUUCAAUUUCAUCAACAACUGAUCUUAUAACUAAUAGUACAUUUAAUCAAUCAUUAACAGAAUCAUCUACCCAUAUAAAUGAUACUUAUAUAUUAAUAACUGAAAAAUAUUAUAAUAUUGUUACAUCAAACUUAUUAGAUACACUUAGUACAUUGACAACAUUAUCCAUUCAUCAUCAUGAUCAUACAACGAUACACUCAGAAUUUGCAUGUGUUCGUAGUGAAUUAUCUGAACCAGAUUUUCAACUGUAUGCAUGUUCUGGUAGUAAAAUUACAUCAUGGAUUGCAAGUAUCUUUUUGGUAACAAUGAGUAUAUUUGGAAUUAUAAAAUGUUUGACCGCUCAUGGAGUACUCAACAUAUUUGAUCUACGACGUACUGGAAUUAGUUUUCCAAAACGGCCAGAAUUUUUAGUACUCACAUGUUCAAGUUUACCGUUAGUAUUUAGCGUUCUAUCAAGACCUCUAUUCACACCAUUAUCACCUACGCAUAAAUACUUCAUCUUAGGCUGGGGAAUGGCACAAACACGAUUCUUUUGUGAUCUCUUCACUAGAACCGCUUCGAUCUAUCAUCUUGUCUAUUGGGUUUACCGUACACCAAUAAUAAAUUUAAUCUGGUACAUAUGUUUUAUUUGCAAACUACAGUGUAAUAAAGUACGUGAUGAAACGAAAAGAUUGGCGGCAGCAAGAAAAGCUACGGUAAAAGCUACAAAAGCAUCACCCAAACGUCAUAAUAAACAACAACCAGUUGGUCGGGGAAGAACCACAGAAUGGGGUUACACUGAUAAAAGAAGAAAAUCAAGGUCAAAUAAAAGUGUUCGAGGAACUACUGACACAGUAGCUGUUACACCUAUUUCAUCAUCAAUCAAUACUCUAACUAAUACGAAUGAAAUUAAUACUCCAACGAACCAAGUUGCCAACUCUAAUGGGAUAAAUUUAAUUGCUGCACAACCAUUGUUUAUUGGUCAGAAUAAUGUAAUAAAUUCACCUAAUCAAUUACCUGGAAUAAUGCCCAAUUUAAGUGGUUUAACGAAUCCUUAUGGUCAAAUGAUUCCUCAAAAUAUGAUGACUACACCUGAUAAUUAUAAUAUGUUCGAUAAUGGACCAAUUGGACAACAAACUAAUCCAUAUACAAUGAAUAUGAAUUAUGGAAUAGAUUAUAGAAUGACAAUGAAUAUGAAUAAUUAUAUUAAUCAAGUAAAUGCCUAUAAUCAAUCUAAUUUUAUGUAUCCUAUCAAUGGUGGUAUAAAUUCUGAUAUUACUAAAGAUUCUAUCAAUAAUACAAUCAAUAAUGAUAAACCAUCAAUAAAUGAUAGAUCAGAAAAAAUUUCAAUCAUUAAAACAAAACAUAAAAUUGAUAUUCCAUUACCAACAAAACAAUUUCUUUAUCGUUGUAAACGUAUUAUACCAGGUUGUAUUUAUUUGAUAUCAUUUUUAAUAACAUUACCAUCUAUUACAGCAUUUGAAUCCAUUGAAGAAGAUGGUAUGAUAUUGACACGUUGUACAACAAUGUGUCGUUCAUAUUUUUAUUAUGAUUUAAUUAUAUUAAUUACAUUACCAACAAUAUUUGUCAUUGUAGCAUUUUAUUAUUCAUCAUUAAGUAAAAAACAAAUUAAUGGUGAAUUAAAAAUGACCUAUCGUUUAAGAUGUUAUUAUGUGACAUUUAUAUUAUUAAAUAUACCAAUGUUUGUAUUAAUGUUAACAUCAAUUGGUUUUAGAUUAAGUGAUAAACCAUAUCGUAAUAUAUAUGGUACUGGUAUAUUAAUUGCUAUGACAGCAUAUCAUACAAAUUUUACAUUAAAAUCAACUAUAUAUACAACUGGUUGUAAUUGUAUUUGUUGUUCAGAUCAUUGUUUAAUAAAAUAUCCAAAAAUUAAUCGUUUAAUUAUAUCAUUUACAACACCAGUAGCUAUAAAAGAUAAAGAAGCAUUAUUAGAAGGUAUAGUUAUACCAGUACGUAUGGAUAAAUAGAAAAGAUUUAAAAGAAAAUUUUUAAAAAAAGAGAAAAUACUGGAACAAUUUAAAAGAAAUUGAUUAUUUUUUUGUCUUUUUUUCUUUACUUUUUUUUUCUUUUAGCAAACUGUCACAAUGUUGUUGUUGUUUUCCUUUUCUUUUUUCUUACAAACCAUUAUGUUUAUCAUGUGUAAAAUCUCUUAUUCUAAUGUAUAUUCAAUGUUAAAUGUUUAAUUGAAUAGUGUGUUACUUGUAGAUAGUAUGAGGGUAUGCUGAAUAUUAAAACAAACAAACAAAAAAGCUUUAUUUUUAAUGAUCCUAUUCUUGACCAAAAAUAAAUUGUUUAUUUACAAAA